GCAGCAGUGAUUAUCAUGUGGAAAUACUAGCUGGUUUCCUCAAACAGAACUCGAACUGUAGUUUAUCACCACUACUGAUUCGACCCUUUAAGGUUCAUUGAAGCAAGAUUCAGCUGAAGGGGGUUGAAAACUUGAAAGUCAAUUGUCCAAGGGGAAUGGAAUUUGGUAUUCGACCCUUUAGGGUUCAUUGAAGCAAGAUUCAGGUGAAGGGAGUUGAAAACUUGCAAGUCAAUUGUCCAAGGGGAAUGGAAUCUUGGUUUCCUUGGAAUUAAAUGUCGAAAACCAAGUCCAAAAAAUUGCUGAACCCAAAACGGAACCGACCCGGUAUGACGUAUCCAACGUUUCAGCCUCAGCUUUCAGCUUUGCCGAAGGCGGGGUUUUGCUCAAGGUUUCACUAGAAAUUUUCUUCCCAAUUUCCAUCAAAUUUUCUCAGGAAAAAAAGAAAAGAAAGAGAAAAGAAAAAGAAAUGUCUUCUUUGGGCACUUCAAAGGGUAUUCUUGAAAUCGCCAAAUUUGGUCUCUAUGUUACAAUCCCAAUCGUUCUUAUGUACACUUUCGCCAACAACACCAAGAAUCUCCAGAAAGUUAUGGGAAAUCGCUCCUAUGUCGUAUAUCCUCCAGAGGGACCAAGACCUCCAUCACCAGAGGAAUUGAGGGAGAUGGCACGGGAGCUAGCUAGGAAGAAAAAUAUUCGCUGAUGCUCUUUGGGGCCAUAGGUGAUCUACGCAGCUUUCUUGAUUGUACCUAUUACUAUUCCAACAAGCCAGCAUGUAAUAUGCUGUAAUAAGCAUUGUGCUUUUUAUAUGAAAAAGGAAACGAUAAGUCUGGUUUGUAUGACAUCAUGGAGCAUAAGUUUAUGGCUAAAUUUGUCGUUUUGCUUGUUCAGCCUGGGAAUUCACGUUCUUUUAUUGGUAAAAGUGUUAAAAUAUUUGAUGGA